CGCUCGUCGAAAUCGCCGGCCGGCUGCCUGCGCUGCGACCGACCGCCAGUCGCAUACGAGCAGCUGCACAGCCACUACGCCACACGUUACAACAAGCAACCGCACCGGGGCGUGAAAAACUUUAUAUUGAAAAGAUUAAAAUACAUCCCGUGAAACAAAGUGAAGUGCGACAGUGCAGAUUGAGUGAUCCGCAAAAUCACCACCAGAUCCGACCAGCAUCUUAAAGUCAGCGAACGAAACGAAACGACAAUUUAAAUAUUUCCAACGAUUUGCACAAUAUCUACGAGGUGCAAGAGGUGUGAUGUCGUUGCUGACUUCUUCAAUUGAAAGGUCCUGAGAUCAAUUCAAGAUGUGGCUGCGGACUUACACAACUGUUCUCUCGGCUUGCUUGCUACUGGCUCCAUCUUUGGCCAGUUUGUGCCCUGGUGGCUGUGUCUGCAGCACUACUCGUGAUGGACUCCAUCGCGCUACCUGCAGUAAUCUUGCUGAACUCUAUAAAUACACUCUCAGGCAGAAACACCACAACAUCAACAUUUUGGAUCUGUCACACAAUAACAUCACUAAGCUAACCCAUGAGCUUGAUCGUCUAACAGAGGUCGUUAUUGUGGAUUUAUCGACGAAUGGUAUUACUGAAGUACAUAAAUUCCUUCAUAAUGCAAAAAAAUUAGUUCAUCUGAACUUAGCUCAUAACAGAAUACAAACACUAUCAGUUUCCCAUUUGCCAAAGAGCGUCAGUUCUCUAGAUUUAUCUAAUAAUCUGUUGCGAGAUGUGCCUUCGAAUUUGGAACACCUGGCUAGCUUGGAACACCUAGAACUUACAGGUAACCCGUUGAAUUGUUCAUGUGAAAACAUAAUAGCACGAGACCGCUUGCUUCUUGCAAACGUUUUUAUUGAUAAAGUCGAAUGUGCUUUUCCUAUAAAACUUAAGAGUCGUUCUUGGUUAGAACUUAAAACAAAAGAUAUAUGUAAACAGAAAAGUGAACCGAAGUAUCUAGAUAUGAUGAUGGGUGAUCAACCUAUUAAUGCAAUACAAAUUGGUGAACAAGCAUCUGUUUUAAAAUCCAAGUCAUUAGUCUCAAAUAGUGAUUUAGAUGUCGGUGCCGUAAUAUUGGGCCAAACAUCUGAAGAUGAUGAUAAUAAUCUGUAUAUGAAAGUUGAUCGUUCACGUCGAUCUACGCCAAGAUUUGAUACAAUUGAAGGAUCGGGAGAGUUUGAAUCUUCAACGAUUCACGAUGAGAUAGAACCUCUGCAGAACGUUAAACAUAUCGCUGCGAUCAUGAGAUCAGAUGAAGUUAUACCUGAUAAUCAUGAACAUAAUACAGAAGAUACUUUGGAAGGUUCUGGUCAAGGAUCUGGUUCAGGUGAUAUCCCUGUAUUUAUCGAAGAUAGUGAUGAAUCCACAGUUACAGAAACAAUGGAACAGGUUACGAUUACUCCAGUAUCAGAAUUUAUCCCUGCACCGGUGGAAAGGAUUCCCGAUGAAGUAAAUUUAUCUUCAACUGAAUUUCCAAUGCCUAGAGCACCAUCAGUUUACAAGGGGGACCCUGAUUGGUAUCUGAAAACAGAGUCUCCAGAUGUUACUGAGUUUGUAACACCAGUUUCACGAGAUACGACAAUUUCAGAGCAUAUAAGAGUAACACAAGCUUCAGAAAAUCUCGGUGCAGCUUCAACAGUAAAUAAAACCCCUCCUCAUAAAACUGGAACUUAUGUUUGUAUAGCUAUAAUUGUGGUUCUAUUAGUUGGUCUUAUUGCGUUUGCAAUAAUUAAAGGGCAGAUGAGAAAGCGUCGAGAUAGAAGACUAUUAAGACAGCAGAAACCAGAUGUAGAAAAAGCAUCAAAAGAAAUGGUUGAUAUGAAUAAGUCUUUAUUAGGCAAACCUGCUGCUGAGCCUCCUAUUGAAAAGAAAAUAAAUGGUAAAUAUGAAUUAGUACCAACCCAUGAGGCGCCACUUAAAAAAACUGAAAAUGGUGAUAUGCCUAAUGGAAAAACAUAUAAUGACAAUAAUGAUAGUAGAACUGGUAGCCCCAGAGACUCGAAUCAAAAUAAAAGUAGUUCAAAAGACAAUAACUUAGCAGAAGACAAUCGCUUACCACUUCAAGAAACGUCAUUUGAAUCUUCACCAGACUUUCAAAAAGAUACUAGUUCUCUUUCGAGUGUGGAAAUUUUUGUGCCUACAAUAGAUGAUGAUAACCCAAAGUUAAAUGGUAACAUUGAUCCUGAUCUAUAUGCAAAUGCAUCCCAGCCUUUAAUUAAUGGGGACCAAAAUACGGAUUCAGAUUUCUUGUCACCUACACGAGAAUAUGUACCAGUUUAUUCGCCCGAUAUGGGAAGGGUUCGUAUAAAGAUGGCCGAAACUCCUAAGCCUAAAACACCAGUUCUAGUCACCAGGAGUAAGUCAAAUGCUGGAGAUAUCAUUAUAACUCCAAUGGACGCUAAUAACACAAGAAAAUCUACCACUUGAAAUCAGGUCUCAUAUUAAGGACUAACGGAGUAAGUAGUUAGUGUGCGAAUAUAAAUUGGUGUCAAACAAGAAUACUUCACUAUUGGCUAAAUUCUGUGAUUAUUGUGUGCAUAUUCCAAGGGAUUCUUUUACGAAGGACUGAAUAGUACUGUAUGAAUGUUGUGUCUAGAAACUUUGCUGCCAAAGUGUGUAUGUAGUCGACAGUGCCUUUAUUUUAAUAUUUUAUUAGUAUAAAUAUUUAUGAAAGUAUAAUAAUUGUGAAAUAAGUAAGAAAUAUUUUUAUACGUGUAAAAGUGUUGCCAUGUUCAUGAUAGUAAUAAAGGUGUUUCUUUAGUAAUUUUACUACGAAAACGUUUACGAUUUGGCCGAUGCACUAUUUCCAAAUGUUUACUGUCAAAAUACAAUUAUUUGUAUCAAAUCCUAGUACUAUUUUCCACUUGAUAGAAAAUAUAUGGUUGUGUACUUACCCGCAAAAGAAAUAUAUGAAGUUUUUGAACAACGAAAUAAGAAUUAAUGAUCAGUCUAUAUUUAUUAUCUCAGCGUAUAUGUAUAUUAUAGAGGUCACUUCUAUAGUCUGGCUAAACGUAAGUUCCUCUCUAAGUAAUUUUAUUGAUUAAUUUUAAGAACGUGAUACCAUUUAUUUUAAGC